AAUCGUCUUGAGAUUUACUCAUGCAGUAGGCCUUUAAAACCCGUAUUUUAGAAUUUUGGUUAUGACAGGUAGCGUCGUAUUAGCUGCACGAGUACCUAUAAAGAGGCACUAUGUAUAUAUAAAGGGCUAUGAUCGAAGUACGAUAGAGUGCCGCUUUCCAUUAACAUGUCGGUACGGGAUCAGUAACGUGAAAGGCUAUUGAGAAUGUCGUCAAAUGCAGAAGUUGACAGUGUUGUCACGCGCGUGCUGAGCUCUUUAGUCGGGGGUCGCUUGUCAAAAUCUUUAGCUGCGGCCGAUAACCGAGAGCGCCCAAAGCGGAGACGUCGACGUUGUUGUUCUGAGAGUUGCUCGUAAACGAACUAUCCAUCAGCAGUAAUAACAGUGCAUGGGAUCAGAGAGAACAAUAUUGACGGAUAAUUUUCGGUUAUCAGCAGAUUGUCGAAGGUGGAUGUCAAAAGAAUUCUGGGAUGCAGUGAUAUCUGUCAAGAACGACUCAAACAUUCUGCGUUUUCGUAGACGGCAAGGACAGAAGAGGCUUUCUACGUAUGUCUAUGACCGGCGUAAAAGGACUUGUACACUCCGUCAACGUAAAAGAUCACGGGAUCAGCGAGGUUCGUUGCCGCUGAACUGUGAUCGUCUCCUUGCAGGUUACCAAGGGACAUCAGAGGCUGUUCCACAUCCGAUUUUGAACUUAUCGGGGGACAGAAGAGCUCUCGCACAUGGGCCACCGUUAAGGUUAAGUCCGGACGAAGGUUUGACCACCACAGAUAAUCUAACAAUGACAGCUAAUGUAUCUAGUUCAGAACUAGAACUGGAAUGGAUAACGGCCAUAUUAGAUGGAAAAGAAGAGUUUCCGAACAUUGCGGCAGCGACAAAGCAUCAGUCACUGAAACGUAAACACGCCAAUGAAAUCCUAGAACAGUCUAUUGCAACGCACAAACAUUCUGAAGACAUUACGGCACUCGAAGAUUAUCGUAAACAGAGUCGUAACUUUCAACUUCGCAAAAAAUAUUUGCUCAAUCACCUGAUGACGAGCCGUGGUUUCUACGAAUCAGAUAUCGAGUGCUCGCUGUGCAGUGACACAUCUUGGCAGGACGAACAUCUGGAACCGUUUCUAGCCGUACAAGCCGAUCGGACGGAGUUCGAGCAUCGAGGUGAGUUACUGAGUAACGAGCAUCAACCGAAAGGGAUAAUGGCUCCGAAAUCUUACGAUUGCAAACACCAUGCGAGAGGAAACGAUAGUUGGCGGUCUUUUUUUUUAACGGCGGAUGAGGAAACCUAUAAUCCUUAUGAGCAGAUAUCACCGACGUUUGAUAAUGAAGAAUUAUCGUUGCCUUCUAUGACCAGACUGAACGUGUUAGGUAAGAGAAUGGCAUCAGGCGUGCACGAACAUACUGAAGAUUUAAGUUCAUCAGCUAUGGUUAGCAUAUUAAGAUCAACUGUACGAGAACCGCCUCGAACAAUCGCAAAUACUCUACUAAACCAUAAGCUACAAGAGGGGAAAGAAAAACAAAACUUUCCAUUGCAACAAUUAGCGCUUAAUAAAGAAGGGAUUAGCUUAGAAAGCCAUACCGAAGAGUCGGUUAAGCACGUGACGAAUUUCGAAGGGAUUAGCUUAAAAACCUAUACCGAAGAGUCGGUUAAGCCAAUGAUGAAUUUCGAAAUUCACGCUGAGCCAUCCGAGCUUGAAAACGAUCAAGAGGCCGGCGGGGUUGUGCCAUUAGUGACCUAUGGCGAUAUCUUGAUGCCAUCACCUAUAGGUUACGAUGAGGCCGGUGAGGUUGUGCCAUUAGUGACCUAUGGCGAUGUCUUGAUGCCAUCACCUAUAGGUUACGAUGAGGACACAAUCUCAUCAGUCGGAUAUAAUGAACAACCUGAUGUGCCCGCGACUCGAUUAGAACGAGAGAAUUGCCAAAUAUCAUUGCCUCCGCAGGAAACUCUUACACAAACUACCUGUUUCGGGCAUGUUCAAACUGGCUCUCAGGGUGAGAUUGCGUCAACAACCUCUUAUGAUCCCCGAGUUUUUUCAUCGACGGUAGUUGAUGAUUUAAUCAGGCCUAAUGCUUAUAGUGGUGAGCUAUUAUCGACUACACGCUAUGACUACAGCGCAAGUUUUUUCGACAUCCUCACGUCGACGGCAAAAUAUGACGACCAGCAAAGAGCACCCCAUGGCGAUAAGUCAUUGCAGUCAGCGACAGCUAACGACGGCUCUGUACCCAUCUUCGAUCAAACGAUUGUUUCUCCAAUAAAUUACGAUUUUAAGAAACAAGGUAAACCUGCUCCAUUAACAACGACUACCAUCGAAAAAAGGGUUUUCCCGCAUCAAAUUAAUGAUUCUAGGCUGUUAGAAAUUCGUUCUGCUAAAGAAACCGAAGAUUAUACUGGCAUAUCGCUCUCCGUGAGAAAAAUGGCGAAUCUUCUAAACGGGCAAGCUUUGUCGGCAAUAGAUAAUAAGAAAGGCUAUCCCUCUCUAGCCACUGAUCCAAAUCACGGAAAGAUGACACUAAAUGAUGGAACUAAACCCGACCGUCUAGUUACGGAUCGUACCGAAAUGCCUUUGUUGACGAAAAAGCCCACACGGCUGUACCUUGCCAAUCAAAUGGGGACGCCGUCUGUUCCUUGCUCAAGCGUAGCUUCUAUGGAACUGUGCUUUGAUUCAAAAACCGCCCUGCCUACUAUUAAUGAGCAAACACCCGUCUCUUCUAUAACCAACAAACACCAAAAGCGUGUCCACAAUUUACCAGUUGGCUCCACAGCAACAGUUCAUGAAAAUAAAGGAAAGAUACUUAUAGAUGAGAUUGACCGAUCUGGCAAUCAGUUACCUACGACGCCAGUCACCAAUCAGCAGCCGACCAUUAGCAAAAAUACUUACGUGGAUCGUAGAAUACCACUUUUAGAAAAUGAAAGGCCCAAGCCGAUCACUGAUUCUGCUCAAAGACUUGUACAAGCUAAGAAUAACAUGGGCAAAGAAGCCGCUAUUUCCCUGGAGACAGUUCCAUCACCGACCGCUGAUCGCGAUAGAAAAAAAGCAGUUUCAGCAUUGCAUCAGACUGGCCAUGCCUACAAGGGUAUAUCUGAGCAAGUUAAGAAAAAUUCAAAGAAAUCCUACCCACGCUAUUACGAUGUGGCUAGCGGUGAAGACCCGUUUAGAAUGCGGAUCAACGAAAAGAAAAUAACAAUCUUAUAAUUUAAUAAUCCACUAGGGGCUUACGAGUCGAUUGGUACCACAA